AGCAAUUUGUCCUUAUUAAUGAUGGCGCACAUCUCUGUGUUCGUAGCUCUUGUUAUAUUCGUCUCCGGAACUUUUUCAGAUUCUCAAAAUGAUUUCUUGAAAAAGAUGCAGUUGUACAAUUUGACGUUUCGGAUAAAAUCCAUGAAUGAUAUGUUAUUCAAGGAAUGCCGCAAAGUGGUUGACGUCCUGGGAACACAUUCGCUUAUUGGCAGACGACAGUCCGGACAGUCGGCUACCUACGACAUUGAUCUAGAACUCGCUUUGGCACGCGCUAAUUUGGACCACUUAAAGAACAUGUACUUGGAGUGUAAGGCUCAGCAGCAGCGCACAGUGCCCGCAACCACAGCUAAAACAACCGCUACGAAUGCAACCCGUGUACCCACAACCACAACCACAACUCCGACUUCAACCCAGCUUCCUACGACCACAACCACAACCACAACCACAACUCCUACUACAACCCAGCUUCCUCCGACCACAACCAAAAGUCCAAAAUGUCCUCCAAAAUCCGAGAGCCUCGGUGGUAGUUGCUAUAUAUUUAUGAACUUCAAGACGUCCUGGCAGGGUGCUAAAGGGUAUUGUGAACAGAGAGGUGGCUACUUGGCAGAAAUCACUUCCGCCAGUGAACAGAGUAUCAUGGCAGACAUUAUGAAGAGAAAUACUACUGUGAGAGAUCAUGCCUGGAUUGGUGGAAACGACGCACAACAAGAGGGAAGAUGGCGCUGGGUGAGCAGCAACACCAUUAUAGACAAGGCGUUUUGGCAACCGGGAGAGCCUAAUGGUUCGACCGAACAAAAUUAUUUGUGUGUGAAGACAUACGGAAAUUUUAUCGGGCGAUUGAAUGAUUGUAUAAACUCCGCCAACCUUCCUUUUAUUUGUGAGUUUACUCCCAAUAAUUGAAAUAUCUGUAUGGUUACUGUAUCAUUCUUUUAAGAUCGUUGAUACUGUGCAUGUUACAUUAUAAGGCGAAAUUGAAAUUAAGUCCCGCGAUUUGUGUAACAUUAGACGAACACAAUAAACUAAAAAUG